UGGACAUUGGUCUAGUACAUCUUGUAUCGUCCCAACGACCUUACCUUCCAAAAACUCUUCUUCUCCUCGCUCUCUUCCAAGUUCCAUCCAUGGCCGCCAUGGCCGCCACUUCUCCUUCUUCUCUCUGCAACAAAAUCUUCAUCCCCACUCGUUUCUCAUAUUCCAAGAAUUUUCCUCUCAAACCCCUCACUCUCAAGCCCACCACCCAAUUCCCAAACUUCUCUUCUCUCUCUCUCCUCUCUUCUUCUCUCUCCCGUUUCCGACUCUCUUCGGCCUCAUUCGACGCCGCUGAGCUCGGAGACGAAGGAACGAACUCCGAGGAAGAAAACCCAGAAGCAGAAUCGCCUGAAAAUGGACAAGAAGAAGAAAAAGAAGAAGAAGAAGAAGUGGAAGAGACAAAGGCGUUAUCUGCAGGGUCUAAUGGUGAAGGUGGAAGGCUGUAUGUGGGGAAUUUGCCCUAUUCCAUGGAUUCUUCACAAUUGGCCCAGGUUUUUGGCGAGGCCGGGACUGUCUUUUCUGUUGAGGUUAUAUAUGAUAGAGUUACGGAUAGAAGCAGAGGAUUUGGGUUUGUUACGAUGGGAAGCGUUGAGGAAGCUCAAGAGGCUAUUCGACUGUUUGAUGGCUCUCAAGUCGGAGGGAGAACUGUUAAGGUAAACUUCCCUCAAGUGCCAAGAGGAGGAGAAAGGGAAGUACUAGGGCCAAAGAUUCGGAACAUGAACAAGGGCUAUGUAGACAGCCCUCACAAGAUAUAUGCAGGAAACCUUGGUUGGGGCCUUACUUCGCAGGAUCUCAGAGAUGCUUUUGCUGAUCAGCCUGGCGUGUUGAGUGCCAAGGUCAUUUACGAGAGGGACACUGGAAGAUCUCGAGGGUUCGGAUUCGUCUCCUUUGAAACCGCUGAAGCUUCACAGUCUGCCUUAGAUGCCAUGAAUGGAGUUGAGGUACAAGGACGGCCGCUGAGAUUAAACAUGGCCACCGAAAGAGCUCCUCCAGCUUCCCCUCGGACACCACCGGAAGUCGUAACAGAAGGUGUGGAUAGUGGUGAAUUGCUUGCCGGUAUUAGCACAUGAUGGAAAUAUGAUUGGAGUUGCGUUUUCUUUAUGUGUCCAUCAAAAAAAGGAUAUGCACGUGUAAUCUUUCCCACAGGGUUGACUCCAUGUAAUCUUUUCUCUACCACAAUUCACAAAUUGGAAUGAGCAGUUUAAGAGGGUACAAAUAAAUGCUUAUUUUAAUUUGUUGUUUCCUCGUUUCCUGUAAGAUUUUGACGGUAUGUGUUAUUGUACAUAAGAGCAAAAUGCCACUCUUACCCAAUUCAAGAACAGGCUAAAACCAUGAAUGACAAUUUCUUUGCA